AUGUCGUCUAAGGCGAUGUUCUUUUUCCUUUUGGGAGUGGCCUUUCUUACGGUUUUUGCGACAGAGGCGCACUGCUUCUCAUGGAGGCCGCGACCUGUGGAUGUAGGUCAUCAGGUUACACUCCAGCACCCACAACGCAGUAGCGAUAACACCGCCCUGCUCAACAAGCAAUCAGAGAAGAGGUUAUCCAACGUUUACACUACCGCACUUCAAGAGCUUCAAGACCUGGAGUCUGAACCUCUCUGUCAUCGCAUCGCUGCACGUCUGCUAGUCAACAACUGUCACCUCCUGGAUGGCCAAGACGACGCCAAGGUCCAUAUUGAUAGCGGGAGAGCAGCUCGAGACUUUGUGGAUUCGUAUGCAGCAAGCCUUGCUAUUUGCGACUUGGAGCGCGGCAGUUUCAGAAUUCCGGUAUCCUGCUCCAAGUUUCGAGAGGCAACCCUGGCGACCCUUUCUGCUUCACCUAUCCCACAACUCCAUGUUUCGACCGUUGAGAUUGAUGAGUGUCUCGAGGGCCUUGCUCAGUCAGAUUCGGCUUGGAAUACAUGGGUGAGCUAUCGUCACAAAGCGUUGAGGUUCUGCGAUGCCGCAAGGGCAGAUCAUCAGAAAGAUGAGAACAUCCUCCUUUAUCAAAGAAUCACUAAGAUUCUCGAGAAACUCACCAGUGAUGUUGAGGCAGACAUGGAGGAGCGAUUCCAUUCGCUCAAUCGAGCAUAUACUGCCGCAAGCCAGUCUGUUGAAGACAUGGGGCCUCAUGUUCGACAUCUCCGUACAGAGAUGGAAAGAGCUAGUCGAAUUCUCCGCGACGAUUUGGGCCGGGCUGCUCAGGACUCGUGCGAUGUCGUGGAAAGUGGUCUUAAGGAAACGAGAGUGCUGCACGAUCUUUUAGAACUUCUUACUCGCUCAGUUCAAGAGAAGACUGCAGACAUCGUUUCAUCACAAGAGCUUGCUCUCCAAACGAACACAAAGCAGUUAAACAACGAGGUCGAUAUCCUUAUGGCAGUGCUGGGUGCGGCUGUUUCGUCGUCUGUUUCUCUUCAGAAUCAAGUGGAAAUGACAGAAUCUCGGAGUGCAGAUAUCCUGGAGAAGCAGGUCAAAAUCGAAAAAGGUAUGGGGAAACUCGAAGAACUUGCCGAAGACUUGCUGGUCAAGUACGAUAACCAUGAAUCCCGCCUCGACAAGGCCUUUCGAAAGACCGGCCAGGUCUUGGACAUACUUGACGCAACUGCUGCAUCUGCCAGUGGAUUGCAAAGCUCUGUAUUAAGCAGUUUCGGGCUUUCAGGGGUUUGGCCGUACAUUAUUUGCCCUUUUUUGUCACUUGCAAUGGGAUCCUAUGGUCUCCAACCUUCCCUUGUGAGAAACAUAUGGCUCGUCGGGUUUGGCGAGUUGAUGGGCAUGGUUGUGUCAAAAGCAGAUUCUUACAAAGAUGCUUUCGGCUUUCCAUCGAUAGUCGAAACCCCUGCUUCAACCUUCAACGGCACGUUCAAUGCCUCCCUCGCGGGGGAGAACAUCCUCAAAAGCGUUUGA